AUCUUCCUAUUGUGUACGAAAAAUCACUAAUCAGACCACAAUGUUUAUUAUUUGAGUUGCGGUUAGUGUUUCUUUUAUCAAGUGCUCAGUUUAUUCAAUGGCAUUUGUAUGAGGUGAGAUUAUACGGUAAAGUUUUUUUAGAAUAUUUUACGUGUUAGUGUGUUCUGAGCAAGUUUCCCCCGAAAUGCAAACUAUGCAGAACACCACUUGAUGCAUAUUUGAUUUCAUUACUAAAGAGUUGGAAGACUAAAAGAAAAUAAUCAAAAUGGCUCCUGGGAAGGUGCCGGCAAUUAAUGCAUUUCAGCAGUUUUUAGCUCUUCUGUACAAAGAGCUGCUUCUCAGAAAGUGCCAUUAUAUUGCAACUUCCUUUGAAAUUAUUUUUCCAAUCCUUAUUAUUUCUAUACCUUGCAUAAUGUACCAAGAGCCGGAAAAAUCAGAGCGAGAAAAAUUUAAAUGGGUCAAUUUCACAACAUUUAAUCCGGUCGAGGCUAAGAAACUAUAUGGCGGCGUUUCAACAGACGACUUGGAAUUUGUGUAUGCUCCUACAAAUGCUGUAGCAGAUCAGUUCAUGGUAGAUUCACUACUUUCAUUCUUUGGGAGUGAAUAUCGAUAUUAUCACAAAAUUCCGAAAAAUUUGAAUUCUGAAGAAGAAUUGACAAAGUAUAUUCUUCAGGAACAGAAGAAGGACGAACGAAAACAAAUAAUAGGAACUGUUUUCAAAAACUUCGACUAUGCGAUACCGAAAGAUUUAGAUUUCAAGAUCUAUUAUAGCGGAGAAUUUAAAACGCGUCAGAAAUAUGAAUUAGAUGGUCCUGUUACUUAUACCGAAUACAGAUACAGUUUUUUUACUCGAUGGCAAGCAGCUGUUGGCGAAACAUUCAUUCGGAAGAAAUCGACUGAAUACAGAAGUGCAGUAGACUAUAAGCUAUUUUUACAACUAUUUCCAUAUCCAGAACACAAAGAAGCGUUUUUUGGCCUGCAUUUUCUAUUUCAACAUGAACUUUUCCUUCACAUAGGAUUCAUGUUUUUCGUUGUUGCCGUCGUGAAAAGAAUCAUUGAUGAAAAAAACGAUGGCUCAAAGGAACUUAUGGAAACUAUGGGUAUGACGAAAUCUACGUUUUGGACGAGCACUUUUGUGAAUAAUUUUAUCGUUGGCUUCAUCCUCACAUUGGUUAUAACCACCCUUUACAAAACGACUGCGAAAGACACCUCAUUCUAUUUGCAGACGGAUUUUAUCCUUCUAUUUAUCAUUAUUCUGUUAUUCAUAGCUAAUCUAAUAUUAUUCUGCAUGACAUUCAGCAUAUUUUUCAACCGUGUUGCUUAUGCAGUUUGUGCGUUAAUGAUUGUUUACCUCCUUUCUUUUCAACUUCUGAUGCGGGAAAUCUAUUCCGAUACUUUUGAGGGAUAUUUCGCAUCUUCACUUUUCCAUAAAUUGAUGAUUUGCGUAUAUCCAAGUGGAGCUUUGAUUACUUCUUUCGUAAUAAUAAAUAUCUUUGAAGGUGGAAAUGAAGGAAUUCAGUGGCGUAAUCUGACUGAAUAUCCGAGUAUCCCUGAUAUCAACAUGCUAAUGGUCAUCAUUAUGAUGGCGUUUUCCUGCUUCUUCUAUAUCUUUGCAAUAUGGUACUUUGAUACGGUCUGGCCAUGGCAACCCAGAGUUCACAAGCCAUUCUAUUUCUUCUUAACGAAAAGUUACUGGUUUGGUCAAAACACAAAUGUUCCAAACGAAAUCGAGUUAGUCAGAAGUGAAAAGGCUGACAAUUUUGAGGAGGAAUCCAGCAGCUCUGUAAAAACCGUCGUCAUCAAGGAUUUAUCGAAGGUUAUCCAACAAGGAAAUUCCUCCAAAACAGUCCUACAUGAUAUAUCCAUAAAAUGCAAUCAAGGACAAAUAACUGUUCUGCUCGGUCACAGUGAAGCUGGGAAAACAUCAAUAAUCAAUAUUCUUUCAGGUAAAGAACUUCCAACAGCCGGUAUUGCCGCAAUAAAUGGGUUCGAUGUUUCAACAAACACAACUCGCAAAUUCCUUGGUUUUUGCCCCCAGCACAAUGUUCUGUAUGACGGAAUUUCGGUUGAACAACAUUUGAAAAUCUUUGCUGCCAUGAAAGGAACAUCAUUGAAAGGACUAACUUAUGAAGCUGAACAAACUUUGGAUAUUUUGAAAUUGACGAAUAAAAAGACUGAAAGAGUGUCUAAUCUAUCCUACACCGACAAGAGAAAACUGUGUCUUGCAAUUGCCAUUGUUGCCGAUUCCAAAGUCCUACUGUUAGAUGAGCCAACAUAUGGUAUGAAUAACGAAUCAAAGAGACAGGUAUGGGAUGCGCUGCAAGCAGUGAAACACAACCGUACAGUCAUUGUGGCUACACAGUCCUUCGAAGAAGCUGAUAUUCUUGGGGAUCGCAUUGCGGUGUUGGCGGAUGGAGAAAUACACAGCUGCGGAACCUCCGCUUUUAUCAAACAAAAGUUAGGUGCUGGUUAUCAUCUACACGUCCUGAAAGAUGUGAACUUCGAUUUGCAAGGUUUGAAAUCGAUCAUCAGAAAGCAUAUCUCAACAGUGACGUGCGGAAAUGAUUCGCAGCGUGAAAUUUCUUUUAAUCUGGGAGCUUCUAAUGAGUUUGGAGAUAUGUUAGGAGAGAUAGAUAGCCAUAAAAAUGACCUUGGCCUUAUCUCCUAUAGUAUAUCUUCAUCAACUAUUAGAGAUGUUUCGUUAACUGUAUCGAAUAUGUCACGCACAAUACAAAACCUCGCACCUGGCGGAGCAAUUGAAAUUACAAGCACAGAUACAGAAGAUGCUACCAGGGAUUCUUUCCAUCCGACGCUGCAUGCCAGUGUUCACAAUCAAUUUCGAGCGUUGCUGCUGAAGCACUUCCAUCUCUGCAAAAGGCGCUGGAAAUUCCACCUCAUCCAGCUAACCAUUCCAUUCAUUAUGAUGUUGAUGUGCUUUUAUUGCAUGAAUGACCUACAUAAAACUCCGAAUCCGCCUUUGGAACUCGAUAUCAGCAGCGUGUACGGGUCAACUGACGGAUUUUAUUAUUAUGAAGACCCAAGUCUUUCGAAUAUCGCCGAGACAUUCAAGAAUGUUUUGGAAUCAAAGAAAGUCGGCACGGAGAAAGUUACGGAGCCAACGCAUUAUGUUUUGAAUUAUGGAAAGAAAAGUUUUGCUAAAUAUUUAAAGAGACUUAUUGUAGGGGGCACAUUUGACCGUUUGCAAAGCGGAGCCUUGAAUCUUACAGCUUGGUAUAAUGCGGGAGCCGUUCAUGCCCUGCCCAUGUCUCUUCUCUUAAUGCAAACUGCCUUGUUGCGACAUAUAGCGAGCACUGGGAGUAUCUCAUUGACUCUUGUGCCUAUUAUAUCUCUUAGGGAGAGAUACAGUUCUUUAAGUGAUGUUGGCUUAACCUCUUCCGGAUGGGCAACGUUUUAUGUGCCACUGGUUUGCACUUUCCUGUCACUCAGUUUUAUCCUCAUGCAUGUGCAUGAAAGGGCAACAAAAGCCAAACUGCUGCAACUAAUGAGUGGAAUUCCAACUGCAAUGUACUGGAUUGCCAUCUUCCUCUGGGAUUACUUUAUUUACUUUGUCAUUUGCCUUAUUAUGAUCAUGCCUCCCGCCUUCUUCUUUCCUUCCGUUUUCUUCGGGGCACAUUGGAACGCGAUAGGUUCAUUUUUGCUACUUCUCUUUUUGUAUGGUUGGGCCUCGUUACCUUUGGGUUAUAUAGUUACAAUCUUCCUCAAGCGAGAAAAUCGUGGACUCGCCAUUUUUAUAGGGAUCUGUGCAUUCUUUGGUGUUGUCAUGCAGAAUUUGUUGCAAAAUAUUAUAUUUCUAUUACUGAGGGAGGGAAAAGACGUCUACGGAGUACCUGAUUCCUAUUGGUUUUUCCGCCUUUUCCCUACCUAUAGUAUUUCCAUGGGAGUAAUGAAAAACUUCCAAAUUGCCUUCAACAAUGUUGCUUGCGACUUAUUUACUAAAGAAGAUCUUACACAGUGUAAAUCGUCUUCGAUAGAUUCAGUCUUGAAUCGUUGCUGCAAAGAUGCUUGCUAUACGCAUGACUGCCAUACAACCAUGAAGCACCUCUCAUGGAUAAGCAACAAAUCACCCUAUGCUAAUGGACCAGAAGCGCUUUAUCUUGGCGUAGAAGGCUUUAUUUUCUUCGUCAUCUUGUUCGUUCUGGAGACCAGGACAGCGACCAGAUUUCUGAACAUCAUAGAAUUCCAUUUACAAACCACGUGGAACCGAAUUGUCCGCGUUAUUUUUCGUCGUGCCGCGAGACAAGUAGUUCUAAGUGGUGGCAUCGAAGACAGUCUAGUUAUUCAAGAAGAAGAAAGGAUUCGAAACUUGACUGCAACGCAGCAAGGAUCAGGCAGUCAAGCUCUAGUCGUCUUGGAACUGACAAAGAAGUUGGGAACUUCCUUUGCUGCAAACCGUUUGACAUUUGGUGUCAACGCAGAGGAAUGUUUUGGAAUUCUUGGAGACAUUGGAGCUGGUAAAACAAGCAUAUUUAGGAUACUGACGGGUGAUGACCUGCCAUCAGAAGGAAAUGCCUUCAUACAGAGCUACGCUUUGAAAGGAAAUUUCAGAAAGUUUCAAUCCCACAUUGGUUACUGUCCGGAGAUGAAUCCUCUCAUGGAUGAUUUAACGGGCAGGGAGACGCUUUUACUGUACGGUCAGUUGAGAGGUUUAUUCGGUUUUGAAUUGCAUAACAGGGUUCAAGAACUGAUUCAAAGCAUCGGAUUGAUAAAUUGUGCUGAUGUGCCCACUCAAUUUUACAGUGGAGGAGAUAAAAGAAAACUUUCCGUGGCCACUGCUCUUAUCGGAUCACCACCUUUGAUUCUACUGGACGAACCUUCUUUAGGAGCGAACCCGGAAUCCCGCCGACAAAUAUGGAAAGUUCUUACUAGAGAGAAGAAAAGAACAGGAGCGACCGUUCUAUUUGCAACUCAAAACAUCGAGGAAGGCGAAGUUCUCUCUAACAGACUGGCCAUAAUGGUCAACGGUCGUUUCCGUUGCCUUGGAUCAACUGAGCAGCUCAAAUCUAAAAGUGGCCAAGGAUAUAUUGUAACCAUUAAAAUUAGUAAAGAGCACCAAUCUAAUGCUGAAACAGUAAAUGCAUUAAAAAAUCAUAUGCAGAACAACUUAAAGAGUGUAUCUUUGACGGAUGAUUAUCAGCGAAAGCUUCAGUACCAAGUAAUGAAUCCAUCCAUGACAAUUGGCCAUCUGUUCAAAUUCAUGUCGGAUGUGAAAACACAGUUUGAAUUAGAAGAUUUUUCGAUAGGUGCCAUCUCUCUGGAACAAAUAUUUACUGCAUGUUCUAGAAUAUAAACAUUUUUCAAUGCACAAAUAUGUCAUUGAAGAACUUUUUUUUCACAGAUGAUGAAUAUGUUUCAAUUACUUUACUUUUUGCAUUAAUAUUCUAUGAAUGUAUUUCUCAGGUAGCACAGAAUGUUGUUCAAUAUUGUACAAUCUUAUGUGAUAUAUGUUAAUAUCGUACAAUAUAUGUAUGUUGUUAUGAUUGAGAACUAAGAUCAUAAUAAUAUUUGUUUCAUAAAAUAUUCAAUCAUUAUUGACAAAUAUAGUGCGAUUAAAUCUUAAUAUAGCAAUACUACAGAUUUUUUUUAUUCUUUAUAUUUACCUUUUCUAUCUUGCAAAGAAAUUUUUACAAAUGGUAGCCAAAAUAUUUAUUGAUCACUAGUUGCUAUAACUCACAACUUUGCCAGCUUCUAUUUGUUCCAUUCGUAAGAAAACUGAAACUUUCUAAGUCGUAGAAUUUUUAUAUUUAAUCCCAUAACACGUUUUAUUUUAACCUUCAAUAAUUACUACUCUAAAGAACCCAAAUAAAAACACUUUAAAUGUCAGCGUUUGGACUAAAUAUGUAAACAUUUCUUUGAAUUCCUCCUCUAGAAUCUGGCCACAUAUAAAUGAGGCAUUGACACCACAAAAUGGUUAUAGGUAGUCUGAGGUAUCUGGUACCACGUGCUCACCAACUGGUCAUGCAAUUCCCUCACAUUGAGAGGGGGUUGCAUGGCAGCGCGAAUUGGUUUUCCAGGUGGGACCACAAAUGCUGUAUGGGAUUAAUGUCAGGUAAAUUUUGAGGCGAAGACAGGACUUGAAAGUCAUUGGAAUGUUCCUCGAACCACUCCCUGAUGAUUCGACUGUUAUGACAUGGUGCAUUAUCCUUUUGGUAAACACCAUCUCCCGGCGGAAUCACUAUUGUCAUGAAUGGGUGAACCUGAUAUGCAACGAUGUUCAAGUAGCGCACAGACGUCAAGGAUUGUCCUAUGGAGAUUAUGGAUCCUAAUGUGCUCCAUGGAAACAUUGACCACACCAUAAUACCUACGACACGGGCUUGUCCCCGUCCAACUAUGCAUUCAGGAGCCAGGGUUUCCUCUGGAAAUCGGCGUAUUCGCACACGCCCGUCGAUCAGAUGGAUCAGUAAACGAGAUUCUUUUGGACAAAUUCCGAUGUUUCUUGGCCCAUUGCAUACGCAGCUAGCGGUGAUGUGCCAUCAGUGCAGGGAUAUGCAUCAGCCUCCGGCUGUGUAGGCCCAUAGCAAUGUACACUAAACAGUGCGUCGAGAAACAUUGUCUGGGUUGCAACUAUUGUAGCUGGUGGUCAAUCUCAGAUCUCUUCUGCAAUCAUUGCGCAGUAGACGGCACACCGCUGGUCGGCGACUUGUCGUUUCACCAUCCAUACACCAGUUUCGAUAUGUGCUCACAAAAAUUGCACGUGAACAGCCCACUAAACGCGAAUGUUUCUGAUAUUAAUGUUCUUAGUCAUUGAGUCAUAACAAUUUGACUUUUAUCGAAGUCUGGUAAAUCUGCUGUUUUUCCCAUUUUUCGCUAAUCGAGCUAUGUUUGGAAAGACAAUGCAUAGUCGUUUUAUAUACUCCGACAUCAGCUGCGCAAGCGCAGUGGUUUUGUUCCUGGGCGAGCCCAUUAUUAUAGAUUGAGGGUGGUCAUAAUGUAAUGGCUCUUCAGUGUGAAAAGGCACAAUUUCAAAGAAAGACAACUUUAAGACCUUUUAACUCAUGUACUUCAUAAUUUCGUUUUUCUCCCUAAAGAAUUAAUUUCGGUAUAUUGUGCAUAAAAAAUAUGCAAAACUGAAAUGUAAAAGUCACUUUAAAAAAAAAAUAAAACAGUUAAAAAAAGAUCACAAAACUUUUCUUAUCAUUUAAUCUAAAUAGUAUUUAUUAAUAAGAUCGAACCUUUUUUUUUUAAAUGAUACGAUAUUACAUUUUUUUUAGAAUUAUAAAAUAACAUAAAGCUUGAAAAUGAUAAUUAAUUAGAAAUAUUAAUAGCAUAAUAUUCCAAAAUUAAUUCAAAUAUUUCGUGGAAGUUAAAUGUACAUUUAACUUCCACGUUCCUUAUAUUUAAAUGAGUGUGCAAAGUGCAAUUGCACAGCCUUUAUAAUUAAAUGAAAGCACAAAAUAAAUAUCUUUCAAAACAAAUCUUAAGAGUUCAGGGUCCACUAAAAUUGUGGGGUCCAUAGAAAGUGCACACUUUUGCUGAUUCACUAAUCCAGGGUGCAUAGUGAGAAAGUGCUGCAAAAAUUAAGUACUUUACCAAGUUUUAUGCACUCAAAUUUUAAGCACUUUUGCCAAAAAAAAAAAAAAAAAAAGCAUCUUUGUACAUGUACGCAAUGUAAACCUGCAUAUUUUCUAAUCCUAGGUUAUUUUCUGUUUUAU